CUCUCUCUCUCCCUCCUCUGCUACGUCAGAUGCUCUCUCUUCCAUGCACAGAGAAAGAGAAAAGAGAGAAACAGGACGUUGUCUUUGUACUGAAUAAAAGAAGAGUUGACUGCCUUCCUUUUUAUGUAAGCAGAGUUUGCAUGCUGCAAAUAGCCCAAUAAGCCGGUUACACAUUUUACUUGAGAGCGAAUCUGCCGGUCCAAGUGGAGGCGAGCUGCUCGGACAACAAAAGCGGCUCUUCUUCCUUUACCAGGAUUUUUCUUUCCGAUCUCCUCCAUCGCUGCAAAGCGAACAAUCGAGCGUAGCUUCCCCCCACCCCCAACCCCGAUCUACUCGUCCGCCGAACCGAACGAUCAUGGCGGCCGUCACAAGCCCGGAGACAAGCCCUCAGCCCCGGGUGUAUUUCCAGACGCCGGCCGGCACCACGGAGGAGCCCGAGACCCCGGUUCGCAAGCAGGGACGCGUCACCGUCAAAUACGACCGCAAGGAACUGAGGAAGAGACUCAACCUGGAGGAGUGGAUCAUCGACCAGCUAACGGACCUCUACGACUGCGAGGAGGAGGCCAUCCCGGAACUGGAGAUAGAUGUGGAUGAACUGCUGGACAUGCCCAGUGAUGUGGAGCGGGCCGCCAGGGUCAAGGACUUACUGGUGGACUGCUUUAAACCCACUGAGGACUUCAUCUCAGAGCUCCUGGACAAGAUCCGAGGGAUGCAGAAGCUCUCCACGCCUCAGAAGAAAUGAUGACGUCCGUCCCUCCCUCCUCUUCACCCGCCUCCCUUCAUCCCCGUCUUCCUCUCAACCCAGCCUCUCCCCUCUUCUUUGUUACUUUAUUCUAACAUGAUUGGAUAUUUUCACCAAAACUCUGCUCCUUCCUUCCAUCUACACAUGGGAAACUAGGAUGAAGACAAAGCAGGCAAUCAGCUUAAAGCACCAGUCGGGGGCUUUUAGUAAAACAAGCAUCUAAUUUAUCUUCUGCCUCUGGAGCUGGGGGGUGAUAUUUACUGUAGAACACCUAUGCCUCCUUUCGGUCACCCCUACUCGUUUGCAACAGUGGUGCAUUUAAAGACUUUGGAGGCUCUGACCACUAACAAUAACACGUGGUGUAUUUUUAGACCGGCGUCCGCAGAGGAAAAUGUGAUUUGUGGAGGCAAAAGAUUAAAAAAAGAUUUCUUAAGGUGUGUUUUUGUCUCCUAUAAUGUGCACUGUGGUCCAUAAUGGAGGCCUGCACAUGUUCAUUUCUUUUUUGGGGGAGUGGGGGAGGUCUUUUCUGCUGUUCUGUAUGAGAAAGUAGUUUUUUUUUUAGUAAAGGACUGGUUCCUGUUUUUAAAUGUCACUCGUUCUGACAGUCCCACAACUAAGCUGCCUUGUUGUUUUCAUGAUGAUUACUAUUAUUAUUUCCACUCUUUAUCCUUUACCCUUGCUGCAAAUGCUGCUAUCCUCCCUUUCUGACCAUUUUCAACCCACGUCAUUCUUCUGUGCUCAGCUCAUCGUGGUCACAUGAGCGGGGAAAAUGUCACCAGGGCCACGUGGACGCUUCAUGACGUCAUCAGCGGGAGGGACUAAGGGAGGGCUGGCUCAAAUUUGAACUCGAGUUAAAUGGGGAAACACAUGAACAAACACAGCUGUCUCCUACACACGUGCACACACACACACUCAUCUGUGUGUGUGUGUGUGUGUGUGUAAGUGUAUAUGCGUGUGUGUUCAUAGCUGCAGCUGUCAGUCAUGUCCAAGAAUGAGCCAUCUGUCUCUAAUCCUGAGCCAAUCUGGUUGGGUACUGAUAGGUGGCCAAUAGGAGAACAUUUGCUGUGAUUCCUGUGACCAAUCGCCAACACCUGCGGUGACAGCAGAGCUCCGCCGUCUGUCAUACACACACACACACACACACACAAAAACACACACCACUGUGUCCCUUGUCUUCGCUCUCCUCUUUACAUGUUUUGUUCCUCGUUUUUAAAGAAACAGAUGUUGCCUUAGGUAUUAUUUAUGUUCCACAAACCAAAUAAACGUGAGACAUUCUCCUUUUUUUUUUUUUAAACAAAAACAGGUAACAACUAUAAAGUGCGUUACCCAGCGGAACUAUGGCACGUGGAGGAGUUUGUUUUGUUUUUGUUUUUUUUUAGGCAAAUGAGAUUCUGAGUCUUUUUUUAGAAGUGAGUGUUUAAUACUUAGGCCUUGAUACAGUGAUCCUGUUUAGAUAAACAAUGUUCUUGACAUUUACCAUUUGAAUACUGGUGUGUUUUUAAAGCGAUCAUGAAACUUGUUUAAGGCCAGGCCUUGGAUUUAUUUACACGUAGAGAAUCAAAAAUCCAUUCAGAUGUAUUUUUUUGGGUGGGAUUGUAUUUGCCUGUUUGCAGGGAGGUUGUACGGCAUGACCAGGCUAUUGCAAUCACCAUCAGAAAUGGUGGAUUUUUCUUUCUAAAUCCAGGUUUGGAAUGUACCUAGACUGUUAUUAAGAAGUCUGUGUUUUUUUUUUUUUUUAUUGUUGGGGAAAAGAAUUGCAAAAAAUCUCUACACUGAUUCUUGUCAUUGAAGCUAAAUACAAGAGCUAAACCUGCAGGAUUGAAUCAAACCAACAAACAAAUGUAGCAAUAUCAACAACAAAUAUUGUUUUUGCCCAAUUUUGUUACACUUUUAUGCAACUUUAAUAAAAACGUGGGAAAAGUGAAA